AUGGAGAUGGACGACCUCGCCGGCAGCGAGCCGGCGCGGGGGGAGCCGCACGGCGGCGGCGGGUUGGUGGAGACGGCCCUGCAGCCGGUGCGGUGGUUGCAGAUGCUGUGCCGGGAGCUGGGCGCGACGUUCGUGGCCGGGGUGGUGCUGGUGUUCGGGCUCAACCAGGGGUUCGCCGGCUCCUUCUUCCGGGUGGCGUCGGACUACUACUGGAAGGACGUGCAGCGGGUGCAGCCGGCCACCGUGCAGUUCCUCUCCGUCUUCUUCUACAUCCCCUGGGUCCUCAAGCCGCUCUGGGGGAUCCUGACCGACGUCUUCCCUGUCCGCGGCUACCACCGACGCCCCUACUUUAUCUUCUCAGGAAUACUUGGAAUGUUUGCAACUGCUGUUCUUGCCAUGGGUAUCGGACUAUCAGUGACCUCUGCUGUACUUUGUUUUGUGGGAAUCUCAACGGCAGUUGCCAUUGCAGAUGUCACGAUAGAUGCAUGCAUUGCAAAGAACAGUAUUGAUAAGCCAGCAUUGGCCCCAGACAUGCAGAGCCUUUGUGCAUUCUCAUCGUCUCUAGGUGCACUUAUUGGGUAUUCUACAAGUGGCAUGUUUGUCCACCAUCUUGGGGCACAGGGUGCAUUAGGUGUAUUGGCUUUACCUCCUGCUAUGUUGGUUUUCCUAGGGUUUUACAUAUAUGAGCUGAAAAAACAUCAGCAUAAUGUGAAAGAGAAGGUUUUUUACAAGCUUAGUGUGGCAGUUAAGGGGAUGGCUCGAACAAUAAAGUAUCCAGUAGUGUGGAAACCAUCUCUUUACAUGUUCCUUUCCCUGGCCCUCAGCAUCAGCACCCACGAGGGGCAGUUCUACUGGUACACUAAUAAGGAACCACCUAAUCCUGGAUUUUCACAGGAAUUUGUGGGAGUGGUGCAUGCCAUCGGCGCAGUUGCAUCCAUGGUGGGCGUCCUGAUCUACCACAAGAUUUUCAAGGACUACCCAUUCCGGACGAUCCUCUUCUUUGCGCAGCUCCUGUUUGGCGUCUCGGGCUUCCUGGACCUCACCUUCGUGCUCCGAUGGAACCUCGUGCUGGGUGUGCCAGACGCCGUGUUUGUCAUCCUGGAGGAGAGCGUGUCCCGGGUGGUCAGCCGCGUCCGGCUGAUGCCGAUGAUGGUCCUGAGCACCAAGCUGUGCCCGCCGGGCGCCGAGGGCACCUUCUUCGCGCUCCUCAUGUGCAUCGACAGCAUCGGCAUGUUGGCGGCCAAGACGAAUGGCGCCAUCGUGCUCCGGACUCUGCACGUGACGAGGACAGACUUCAGCAACCUCUGGCUCGCUGUGCUGCUAAGGAACCUGCUGCGGCUGUCCGCCCUGGGCGCCAUCUUCCUGGUGCCCACGGCUGACCAGACCGACGUGCUGCUUCCACAGAGCCUCCUGAACUCCGGCUCCACGGUAGCUUCCGGCAGUGACGAGGAAGAGACGCUGUUGCAACUUGGGAAGCUCAGUUCUCAUACUGAUGAUGAAUGAUCCACACUCCGAUGUUGCACACGCGCAUACACACACAGAAAGAAAAACAAAUGAUACCAGUGAUUUAGUUGUUGUACUCACUUGGAAUAACUGUCUGUUGACGUUGGUAGAUGCGCAAUGCAGCAGCUUAGAUACCACUGCACUAAUUAUGUUCUUUUCUUUAUGGAACAUCUUUUGGUGGGAACUGAGGUACUUACUGACAAAAUGGCAUCUUUGUUGGACCGGUCUCUUAUUCAAAAGAUUUUUAUAGGAGUUUAGAGGAUAGAAAUCCUUAGAUUUUUUUCCAUAUUCUUACUUACA